AUGAAUGGAGACGGAGAUGGACGUGGUCGGCGCGCGCUUCGACCGCCACUGCCCCGUCGACCGAGCGGCUUCAAUCGUCCACCGAAACAGCGCGAACGAGAGGCGCCAGACGUCGACUGGGAGCACUCGCUGCAUCACUUUGCGGCCGUCGUGCGCCACGACUUGCAGGAGCUCUGCGCUCGCUUUCUCCACGAGAAUGUCGUGACGUUCGCUGCCUGGAAGCGGCUUUGGCGUGAUGCGCGGAUGAGUGCCGCCUUCCUUGUCGAGUUCUGGGAGAGCACACCCACGACUGUCCAUAAGACGAUACUGCAACAGACACUGGACGAAACCGUCUCGUGUAUUGACGAACACGACGGGGAGUUUGAAUCGGAAGCUGAUGUUGCUGCCCUCAUUGGCCGCGUGUUUGCCAUGUACUGCGCCUACUCGGUGCAACCCGGUUCGCCCAAGCAUAAAAUCGAUGCAGACCCGCAGGACUGGACGACGAUGCUCACGAUUGAUUGCGUCAUGUCCGGAGUAGGAGCCAAACUGUUCCCUGCUGGAGCUCGUGAAGUGAGAGCGAUGAUGCAUCAGUUGGUAGCUCAGGAGAAUGCCUUCCUUCGCUGCUUGCAGGGAUUUGGACCACGUGUCCGCAUGAAAGAGCGCACAGCACGAACUUUGAUGGACGCCAGUCGAGACUUGUCGCUUAAUGACGACGACACUGCCACGGCGAAAGACGCGCUAGUUGAUCGAAGCAGAGUGGAACAGCUAAAAACGCUUGAUGGGCGCUACCAAGACCUUUUGAGUCGAACGCGAUCUGGUCCAUCUGUAUCUAAUGCUAACGCUGGACUAGAUGCGCGUCAAGCUAAAGUUGUCGUAUUAGCAUCCCGGCUUGCCAAGCCUCUGUCUCAAGAGACUGGGCAUGAUAGCCAAGAGCUGACCCGUGCAUUGGCUUCGUACAUAGAGUACAAAGCAAAUCAAGAAGCUCGCAGGCGUGAUCGCGUUGUGCGUGCGGCAGCUGCGCGCGACCUCAAAAGCACAACCGGUGCACUCACGUUGAAAGAUGACCACAGCGUCAUCUCAGAUUCGAGCGAUCAUGGCAGUGUUAUGCCUACCGCAUCCAGGGCAAUGGCCGUAUCUGUCACUUCCAGUCGGCGUGGGUCCUACCGAAGGCACCACAGCGUCGACGAUAGUGAGGCUGCCCUAGCUGAGCUAGAGUCGGAAUUACAUGAAAACAUCUCAAGCGACCAAGUUGGAGCAAGUCGGACUCAGCCACCUCGAAAACUGAAGAGAGGUCGCGAUGGCAAAUCAUUGUCAACGUUCAGUGAAAUCAGUGAAGCAGACAGUGAUGCCCUCGCUGAUCUUGAGCACGAAUUGGAGCAAAGUUUUGGUAUCGGAUCAUCCCAGACUCAAACAUGUAAAGCUCCAGGAAAGACGGUGACGCGUACAAACCGCAAGCACGAUAGAAAGCGUCCUUCUACCGGCAUUGUCUCGAGAAAAUCGACUCCCGCAGCGUUACCUAAGGUGAAUCCGGCUCGGACCAUGAACACUCGAUUGUCGACAAAGCGACCAAGGAGUGAUUCUGUGGCGAGCUCACUAUCGAUCGCAGAUUCAUGGACUGUGUCUUCGAUCGCGGAUGGUGAUGGACUGGCUGCACUACAAGCUGAGCUGGAUGCCACCCCCACAUUUCCGGGACGACAGCAGUCUACAUCUAUUUCCUGUCGUCUUACUGACCAGGCGCCUUCGUUCAAGGUGAGGAAUAGCACAGUACACGAUCCGGCAGCAAAAGCAAAAGUCAAGCAAGUGGCUUUGCAGACCGCUGUCCGUGCAAGCGGAAGGUCGAAAAGCUCUGUUCAGCCCGAGAAGUGUGGUGAGCCAUCAGCGGAGCAGCGCGUAAAGGGCAAGCCAAGAGCAUUGUCAGUUCUUUCGGAUCGCAGCGAGUCCAAAGGUCAGGUUCAAGCAGAAAUCGGCCUGACUGCUGAGCUGAUAACCAGCGCUCGCACAUCUGUCGCAGCCGAACCUCGGAGGUCGACUCGGUUGAUCGCCAUGGCAUCAGACACUGGGAGUGACGCUAUUGACGAACUAGAGAGAGAACUCAACGCCAGUGCGUUAGCCCUCAAUGCAGUCGCACCUUCAUCAUCACCAGCCUCAGUCAAGCCGGCACCGCGUAAGCGAGGAACCAUACUAUCAAAACGUGCUGCUGAACGUACGUGCACCCGAAGCAGCGCGAAAAAGCUACAACGUCAUGAGGUGGCCACUUCAUUCGACGGUGACCAACCUUCAUCUGCUCAGACAUCAACCGAUUCUAAAGGCACACAGCGAGUAUCAUCGAUAGUACGCCAGGGAUCGUCGCGGAUAAGCUCCGUCAUGUCAGAUACCGAGAGCGAUGGGUUGGCAGAUUUGAUGGCAGAACUCGACACCAUUGCCACGGCUCGAACAAGCGCCAGUCGACCGCGCCGAAAGAGAGGCGCCCCUGCUAAUAGAGUCAACACGCGCUCUACAGCUCGGAAGAAGUCACCUGCUUCAUCGGACGACGGCGCAUCUCGCUCGGGUACAGUUCGAUCCGUGGUUUCAUCCCCUGUUGUAACGCUACCUGACCCCGUUAGUCCUCUACGCCGUUCCGCUCGUUUGAGCUCAGUGGCAGCAUCCGAAACUGAGAGCGAUGAUGUGGAAGGGUCAAUAUCCGACGCUGCUAGCACUCUACGACGUUCCGCUCGUUUGAGUUCACUCGCAGCAUCCGAUACUGAGAGUGGUGGUGUGGAAGAAUUGAUGGCUGAACUCGCACGAGGUCCAGCUGUGAACCAUGCAGCGACCACAGAAAAGCCCAAGGCACGAGUAAGAGCGACUCGGAAGCAGUCAAGUCGUGUGCAAGGAGUAAAGCCAAAGCAAAGUCGAGCCAAAAAAGAACCAAAGGCGGUUCGCGCUCCCCGUGUGGCUCGGCAAGCAGCUUCACGAAAGUUGGUUGCACCGCUUUCUGCUCGUGAGCCUCCAGCUGCACCAAGGAAUGUGCCCAGCUCUCGACGGUCUACUCGAUCCAGUUCAGUAGCCUUUGACAGCGGAAGUGAUGAUUUGGCAGAACUGGAGACUGAGUUGCAAGCGGCAUAUUCCCAACGCUAG